AGCUACUUGCCGCCCAUGGAGAGUGCGGAAAGACUGAAGAUCGAUGUCCUCCUCCUCCUCUACUCCCUUCCCGAAGGAGUCCCACUCGACGAACUCCCGGCCCAAUUCCUCGACUUCCACGGCUGCCACUUCAACCCGUUUGCCUGCGGUUACCGUUCCCUGAACUCCCUGCUCGAGGAUAUGGACGGAACUGUGCAUUUGUGCGAACACCCCUCCCCGAGACUCCGGGCUUGUGUUGCAGGCUCCCCGGUCUACUCCGGGCCUAGUCGAAGCCAGAAGCCACGGCCUACCCUGCAUGAAAUCCUCCCUCAGCAUCUCCUAGCCUUCGUGGGGCCUAGUCUCCUCCAUCAGCCUUCCUGGGCUGGCCUAGUCCCACCCCGUCAUCCUCCCCUCUCGUUCGGGGCUCCCGAGGCCUCCAUUCAGGCCAGCUUUGUGGCCUGCCAUCCGCCCAGCUUUCCUGCAGCCCCCGAGGGCAUGAGUGAGGCUCCGCCAAGGUUAGGCUCUCCCUCAGGCCAGAUCGAAGGGUGGCCCAGGCUGCGGGCUAGGCCGCAGGCCCCGAAUCCUGGCCUAGCUCCCCAGUCUUCAAAUGGGGCCAACGUCACAGACCCCAAGCAGAAGACUUUGACCUACAGCCAGGCCGUGCAACAGGGUGCGGCCGGAGGGAGGAGAGGGCGGGAGGGAGGAGUGAGAGAGGGCUGGAGAGGCGAUUACAACCUGCAAACUAGGCCGGGAACGAGCCUGAAUCUAAACGGACCCAGAAAUCUAUCAACUCGGACAAAUUUGCCGCAAGAAAGCCUGGGGAGCCGGAGAGAGAAGGCCUCAACAGUGCAAAAAGGCCCUCGAUCCUCGUCGCCUCCAGAUCCGGGUCGGGGGGAAGUCUUGGAGAAUCCAGGGAGGGUUCGUGAGGAGAUCCUGGAGCUCCUGGAUCGAAUGCCGGAUGGAAUGAGUUUCUUCGAGCUGCGGAGGUCGUGCGCGGAGAUUUGCGGCAGAUCCAUGUUCACCGGAGAUUGCCCCGACUUGAAAACCUGGCUGGGAACAGUCGGGAUCGAGGUGUCGGUGCUAGGAUUGGGAGUCCAGGCGCGCAUCCAUCCCGGAGAUGUAUCCGGACGCAAACAUCUCUCCGAUGCUGCCUGACCUGCUGAGUUUACCCGGCAUUUUCUGCCCUCUUUGCUACAUUCAGGGCUAUGCGGUUCCAAUGCCUUCUGACUGUAUUUCUGGAGAAACAGAACUAUUUUCUUCAAGCUGUUAUCAGGCAACUGAACCAUCCUCUCACCAACUAGAGAGCGGCCCAGACCUCCCAUCUACCACACUGGAGACCUUCAAACGAUCUUUAAUCGGAAUUUGCCUUGCACUAAACGUUAUACCCUUGAUUCUGCAUCUGUACGCUGUGGGCAGCUUGAUUACAAUCAUCUUUAGUCUUUUCGCUGACUGGAUAGCACGCAACAAAAAAGCUUUCCAGGGUGCCUCAGUAACCGUGAUAAUAAACUAAAUUAAACCAUCCACCUCUGCCAACAAGGCCUUGAAUCCAGCAGCCAAGUUCAUUUUUUUCCCAUCAUCUUUCAUUGGUUCCCAAGUUAGGUUUAGACUGAAGCUACGAUGCACCUCCCAACACUGGCUAACGUUAACUAACGUAAGUUGCUAACAAUAGACAAUAGACAAUAGAUGCAGGAGUAGGCCAUUCGGCCCUUCGAGCCAGCACCACCAUUCAAUGUGAUCAUGGCUGAUCAUCCACAAUCAGUACCCCGUUCCUGCCUUC